CAGGUAGUCUAUCUUCUCUCUUUUACACACACUAAUUCAAAAAUUUUCACACAAAUUUUCAAGCAUUGUUGAUAUUAAAAUUACUGAAAGUUUUCCUGAAAGAGUGGUGCUUCGAUCUACGGACGGGCGUCGUAUUUUCGAUGCCAAAAAGUCGUCCGUGAAAAUGGUCACUUGAUCGUCACAGGUCGAGGCUGCCACGACUGAUAUCCUUCCCUCAAUGAACAUCUGGAAGGGCAAUACAAAGAAAAUUAAAAAGGAGCGAACCGCUACGACAAGUACUGCGAGCGGUAGUACUCCGACGACAAGUGCUGGACCGGUGUUGCCUGGCUUGGGUGCGGACGAGAGUCUGCCCGAUGUUCUAGCCGGUCACGCCAUGUUGGCACAUCAGGAGCACUCGACCACUCGAGCUACAUCCUGGCAACAGCAGCAAAUUCAGCAACAGCAUCCUCAGCAUGAACAACACCAUGCCUCGCUUUACCAACCGAACCAAGCUUCCUCACAGCAACACUAUACACAUCAACAGCAUAUUCAGUAUUCUAAUCAAGCGCCGUCUCAGGUUUUUCCUAACCAAUCGUUGGGAACGCUACAACGAGGUUCGCACCAACAGCUACAACAACCAUAUACUCCUUUAGGUCUCGGGGCUCAUGGCUGCGAGUGGAGGAGUGACGGUACUGCGUAUCAGGACAGCACUCGCAGUUACCCUGUACAGUACGCGCCUUCUUACCAAGACGCUGAUCCGUGCAGCCGUUAUACUAAGCCUAACUGUUCCUAUGCGUCUCAUGAAUCCGAUUCUAAACAUCGAUAUUAUCAGUUACCUUCGAAUGCUGCUUCUGAAAGCGAAUCUCAUUUGAAUUUGAGACACUACGGAAAUCAGCCAGAAAAUGCGGAUAGUCGUUAUGCCUCUAAUUAUAUAAACCCCUCGGACACGGAUGGGAGAUACUUGGCUAUACCAGUUAGUGACGCGAGUACUGCGUUCGUUCCACAAACAACGUUGAACGUUGAAGAUGUUCGUGUUUCAUUCAACACACUUCAAGUUAGCGAUCAUGCAUCAACUGCCCGAUUUAGGAGCAUGUCAAGUGAGCCGAGGGGGGGUAGGAAAGACGCUGAGAACCGACGUGUUAGAUGUUCAUCUGCGAACAGAGUUAGACAAACUCGAUCUCGAGCGUUUCAACCGUCUUCACCAUCUGCAAAUUCUCCCUUGGCAUCUCCACCCCAAGCUAUUUCCCCUCCUCCACUUCAAAUAACGUCUCCUUCAUCAACUUGCCUAUCUCUUGUAGGAAUCGCGUCUCCACCUCCACUAGCAUCGCCUGUUGCUGUCGACCAAAGACAUUGGGAUCCUUGCGGACCACCGCCGGCAGCGGUUGCACUUGAAAAUCCUCCUGAAGAGAGAAAUUACAGUCAUCAUCAGCCAGUAUCUUCAUCAACAGGAAACUAUGGUUAUCAAGUAGAGGACUUAGAAGCACUUUUGAGUCAUUCCUCAGCUAAUCAGCCUGCUAAUUUACCAAUGGUUCUAGCAUCACCCACACGGUUGCAUCACAUGAGACGAACUCAAACUAAUGCCGGCCCUUCUAGACCAUUCCUACCUCUGGGGGUUAUAGUUAAUGCUGUAUUCAAGACCCGUGACUGGUUAUACGUCCGCACUGCUCAUGGCGCCGAAGGUUUUGUCCCAUACCACGUAUGCUUGCCUCUAGGUAUCCUCCCUACUAAGCCAUCCCAAUCUGCAGCUGAGUCUCAAGCUCCUGUCGCAGCGUGGGAGAUGCAAGAGACGCCCGUGCAGCGAGGAAGAUGUCGAGAGAGGAGACGAGCUCCCUUGCCGGCAUCGGCCAACCAAACUGACAUCCAGAAACUUCUGCCAAUUAGCAGACCAUCGGCGCCUACACCCAGAGAUUCGGGCACUCAACCUCAAUUGCAAUCUUAUUCACAGAAUCACCAAGCAUCAAGUUCUAGGAAUUGAUUUGCUGAUGAUGUGUAGUUUAAAUAUGUGAUUAUUUUUCGUUUACUAUAAUACUAUUCUUUUCUCGAGACUCUAGCUUCUUGUGUAAAAAGUAACGAGUAGAGGCUGCUCUAAACUAUUCUCAUGUUGCGCCAUCUCUCAUUCUUGGCAAAUAUUAUUUUUCCUGUCCUAUAUUUAUGGUUUGUAAAUUGCCAGGUGCAAGUAUGGUUAGUAGCCACGACAAGAAAGCUCCAACAGGGAAUUUUUCUAUUCCCUCAAUCAGCAUAAAAGAAUUUAAUUAUCAUUAGACAGCUUAAAGCUCUGGUCUCUUUUUAAUUUUAAUUCAAAUUUAAUUUUAUUUGGCUGUAAAUAAUUCUUAGACAAAUGAGAGAAUGGCCUAUCGAAGUUCGUGUGAUACCCUCGAAGGACUGCAUUCACUCACGAUGUCCGUCUUGCCAGUAUUCGAUGGGAUGCGAGGUUUGGAUUGGAUGCGAGGUUUGGGUUGGAUGCGUCAGUAUUCGAUCGGGUGCGAGGUUUGGAUUGGAUGCGCCAGUAUUCGAUUGGAUGUGAGGUUUGGGUUGGAUGCGCCAGUAUUCGAUUGGGUGCGAGGUUUGGAUUGGAUGCGCCAGUAUUCGGUUGGAUGCGAGGUUUUCUCCAGUUUAGAUGAACCUCCUCCUGUGGAAGACGGUGGAGUUGAAGCACUUCACCGUAUCGUGAUGUAAGAAGCAUUGUAAGUUGUGUUAUUGUGUAGAAUAGAGUGAUUCUUCUUAGCUCAACAUUGUUACCAUUCCGUCGCCAUUUGUAUUCAAUAGUUUGACUUAUUAAGCUGGUCUCGAAUGUUGUCUUUGUAUUGAAGGAUUGUUAUGCGUUUGAUCAUUGAUGUAGUUACUUCCUGUGUACAACGGGAGUGCAUGUUGCGAUUGCGGGACACUUCAUUUGUCUCAUUUCUUUCCAUCCAUUCCUCCACUUAUUUUUAUCUAUUAGUAGUCCGAUAUCCAUCUCGAAUUCAAUGAACUUUCAGUUCUUUAUUAUUAUUUUUUUCUAUCAAAGUGAAUGACGACCUUAGGAAUAGGUUAACUCCAACAUUGUUCGAGUAAAGCUAUGAUAAAAGAAAUGUUAUCUGAAGUCUAUUUUUGACUCAGCAUAUUCACAGUAUAAUGUAUAUUUUACUUUGUCCUCGCACGGUGAGAGUGCUCAGUUCAAUUCAUCUUCAUUCGUUCGCUAUGAAGAGAGGAAAAAAGUUUAUUACAAAGGCCCUUUUUACCUUUUCAUUACGGAGCUACUGCUAUUUUAAGCUAGGUUUUCUGUGUUAUUCAAGCAGUUAGUCUUCAGCAAUUAAUUUUGACCAAAUUCUUGCCAAUCACUUUAGAAAUGGAACUAAAUUUUGCGCUUUAUUCUCUUAGCUAACCAGAAAUAGUCCAUGAAUCGUACUGUGUUAAGUGCCAGCGUAAUUUUUGCGGAGAUUGUCUCGCUACUUAAAAUUUUCUUCGUGCGCCAUCGCUACUUUCUUUUUAUGUCACUGGAGUCGCAUGCAAAUCUCAGGAGUAGAAGUUUUCAUCGUAAUUAUUAUGUUUGAUGUACGCAAUUUAGUUUGUUAAAAUGGAUCUUUCAUUUGAAUACUUUAAUUUAAGAUAACACUUAAUGCGUUUAAGGUAAUUUACAUUAGGAAUUCGAGUUGCGAAAAUUUUAAGUUCGAUUUGUAGGGCACAUUGCAAUCAAGAUGGAUUUGGAAAUGUUAAAAUUAAAGGUUGAAAUCGAUGACUCUUAAAACUCACGUACCAAACGCAGAAAAGUUUUCAUAAUAUUGAAGAACUUCAAAAGCUAAAAUGUUGCCAUUGUUCCUCCAAGAGAUUUCAACGACAACCGUUGCACUCGUAGCACAUCAGAUUUCAAGCAACAUUUUUUCGGUGUCCCGUCUUUUUUGUUAUGUAAUUAAAAUAUUAGAAGAUUAACAAACAUGAAUGCAACAGUCACAACUAUUCUUACCUGCAACUUGUUAAGAAGUGAACGACUUGUAUACUAGUGUGCGACCGCCACGCUUUGUCAUCAAAAAUGUAGCCGAAAGCAUUGCUCUUCGCCCGACAGACUUGAAGCUAAUUUGAAACGGUCAUUAUGUGAUAUAUGAUAUUUUACUGAAGUGUAGCGCGUUAUACAAAUUGGUAGAGGUUCACUGUUAAGCAGAAAAAGUUGUGCAUAAUAUAUAAAAGGUACUGACUCACGUCGAAGGUACUGACUCACGUCGAAGGUACUGACUCACGUCGAAGGUACUAACACAAGUCGAAGGUUCUAACACAAGUCGAAGGUACUGACUCACGUCGAAGGUACUAACACAAGUCGAAGGUACUGACUCACGUCGAAGGUUCUGACUCAUGUCGAAGGUUCUGACUAAUGGCGAAGGUUCUGACUCAUGUCGCAUGUACUGAGUUGCAAUUCUCCGACGCUACAUAAGCUGGACGCCUCUAGCGUUCGUGUCGUGAUCGUUGUGUCUGAGGAAUGUUCAACGUUCGCAUCGAAUGCAAAUCGUGAUUAAUGUGUAACUGUAUGUGUUAUAAAUAGUACUCUAUAUCUACUUAGAUUUGAGCAUUAUGAUGUGAAAUACAUUAAUUUUAUUAGUUGAUAUUUAGUUAUAACGCGUCCGCAAUUAUUGUGCAUGUGGACUCGCAUGUUUGUAAAGCUUUAUUUAAGCCGUUGUUUCAUACUAAUUAAGUUAGUUAUCCAAUGAAAACUGAGUGAUUAAAUCAAAGUUUGCCAUCAUAAGAGUUACCAAUUGUUAAUCAAAAUAGUUCGUUAUGUUAUGUUUUCAUUAUCAAUUGUAUCGCGAGAGUUACCGAAAUACGUUAAUUUCCUUUGCAAAUAAAUGUAAUUAAAUUGGCAAUAUUAAGUCUGAUUUGGGAUUGGACAAAGUAUCUCUGAUUUGCAAGGUACAUCGUCUUGAACCGAGAUAUUCUUCCUUCAUCUCUUAGCAUUUAUACGUUUCUUAUGCAAGCUUGUUGAGGUACUAUGCACCAAACAAUCGCGUGCAAUUUAUUAAAAAUUUCGCGAUUCUGCUUAGGCUCCUCGAGCAGUCCUCAAGGGAAAUAUUGUACUACUUAUGAAAAAAACACUAUUUGAUAUCUGCA